AUGCGCGCGUCCGCGCGCGUCGCGAGCGCGCGCGCGGUCGUGAAGCGCGAGCGCGACGCGCGAUCGACGCGCGCGCGCGCGUUCGUGCCGCCCAUCGUCCCGAAUCCGCGCCAGGGCGACGACGACGCGAAUGCUGACGCGGCACCGACGCUGCCGAACAUCGAACGCGCGCUGGCGCCGCACGGAUGGGCGAUCGGCGCCGAGCGAGGGUACGACGACACGCCGCACGCGUUCAAGAUAUUCAAAGUGCGCGAUGGGCAUCACACGCUGGAACAGCUGCAAGAGGCGCUGUACGUGAGCGACGAACGAGGGUGUCGGAUACGACGCGAGACGCAGUCGUUGUUUUACAUGUGCUGCGAUGGCGUGCGGUGUCGGUUGAACGAGGGGAAGAAAGAGAUCGUGGUGGAGAUGCCGUGUGAUUUGGACAGCGUGGGAGCGUACGUGGCGAAGGCCAAGGUGAUUGAGGACAUCAUUAAGAGUUCUCAAAAGAAGAGGGCUUCGUGA